AUGAUGGAAGGUGAUCAGGGGACCGGUGCGCCAUCCGAUGAGCCCCAAGCAGACAGCGCUAGUGGGUCCGACAGUUUUUCCCAACUGUGGACGGACGUAAUGGGGAUGCUGGAGAAACAGGACCCAAGCAGCACCUCUCUGCAGCUCCGCACUGAGAUCCAGGAGUCAUUAGGCUUCAGCAGUGAAGUGUCCACUCCAGAAACAGACAGAAAAAUGUCCCUGCACAAAUUCAGCUCUGAAGAUGGAUUUGGAGGUAAAUGGGACAAUAAGAAGAAGAACAAAUCUUUCUGGCAGAACUUCCGCAAGUCUCAGCACAAGCCUGUCAUGCGGCAGACAUCCAAAGGAGAGGACAUUGGGUAUGUGGCCAGUGAGAUCACCAUGAGUGAUGAGGAGCGAAUUCAGCUGAUGAUGAUGGUGAAAGAGAAGAUGAUCACCGUAGAAGAAGCACUCGCUCGGCUGAAGGAGUAUGAGCGCAGCAGACAGUCCAGCAGUACUGACACUGCAGAGUGGACUGAUGGAUCUGCAGCCAAUCUAAACCAGUCCUCAAACUGCAACUCUCGCGAACAGUCAGAUGAUGAGCAAUCAGAGGACUCUGUGAAGUUCAAACGACUUCACAAGUUGGUUAACUCUACACGCCGGGUCAGGAAAAAACUCAUUAAGGUGGAGGAGGGCAAGAAACAUGGUUCUGAAGAUUUUCUGAAUCUGGAAGCACCUCCCACCUGUGAGGACAACACAGCUCUGUAUACAGGGGUCCUGAAGAAGCCCCUGUUGCACCCGGAGGCCUCUCUGCCCUCCCUCACCCAGGAUCAACUCUCUCUGGAUGGAGAUACAGACAGUCUGACCACCUCCCCUUCCUCCAGCAGCCUGGACACCUGGUCUGGACACAAGUUGGUCAAAACCUUCAGUAAGUCUUCCAGUGCCCACGGUCUCAUCCGCCCGCCCAGGAGAGCACCAGUUGGCUCCGGGGGCCUUGGAGGCUCCGGUGUGGGAGGUAGUGGCUCCUCCUUCUCAGAGCUGGAUGGCUGUGGAUUUGACGACGAGGGGAAACUGUCACGCUCCACGACUGACAGCGAAAUGCGGAAGGCCCUGAGCUCCAUCUCCCAUGGGAGAACGUGCAGCUUCGGGGGCUUUGACCUGUCCAACCGGUCGCUCCAUGUGGUCAACACAGGUUCAGAGGCCAAUAAUAAAGAACAGGAGGCUAUAUACAGAGAAGUGGUCAAAUCCCCCACUACGUCUCGGAUCUCGCUGGGUAAGAAGGUGAAGUCGGUCAAGGAGACAAUGAGGAAACGUAUGUCCAAGAAGUACAGCAGUUCCUUGUCUGAGCAGUCCAGUCCAGAUGGAGCUCCUGGUUCUCCACAGUCCCCUCAGCCUGACACUGACUCUCUGGAAAAGCCCAAGCUGAAGGCCGGCGGUUCUGUGGAAAGCCUGCGUAGUUCACUCAGUGGACAGAGUUCAAUGAGUGGUCAGACCGUGAGCACUACCGACUCGUCAGCCAGUAACAGAGAAAGUGUGAAGUCGGAGGACGGUGACGAUGAGGAGCCGCCUUAUAGAGGACCGUUCUGUGGUCGUGCAAGAGUCCACACUGACUUCACCCCUAGCCCCUACGACACUGACUCCCUCAAACUGAAGCGUGGUGAUGUGAUUGACAUCAUCAGUAAGCCACCCAUGGGAACAUGGAUGGGCCUGCUGAACAACAAAGUGGGCACCUUCAAGUUCAUCUAUGUGGACGUGCUGAGUGAGGAGGAGGAGAAGCCCAAAAGGCCAGUGAGGAGGAGGAGGAAGGGCCGACCGCCCAAGCCAACCUCUGUGGAGGAGUUGCUGGAGCGCAUCAACCUCAAGGAGCACAUGCCCACUUUCCUGUUCAACGGCUAUGAGGACCUGGACACGUUCAAGUUGCUGGAAGAAGAGGACCUAGAUGAGCUGAACAUCAGAGACCCUCAGCACAGAGCCGUACUGCUCACUGCUGUAGAGCUGCUGCAGGAGUAUGAUAGCAGUAGUGACCCAGAGCGCAGCGGCCUGUCCGGCUCCCAGGAGAAGCUGCUGUCUGAGGGACGGGGUCUGGUGGGAGACUCCCCACGGGACUCCGGGUGUUACGAGAGCAAUGAAAACCUGGAGAAUGGUAAAAGUAGAAAAGCUUCCCGUUCCAGUCGUUCUUCAGCAGGCCUUCAGUCUCCAGACUACCCCACACUGCCCAUGACUCUUUCCACAGAGGCUCUGCAACAGAACAGCAAGAACCAGCGCACAAAAUUCGCAAAAAACUUCUUCAUUAAACCCUCCCUGAAGGGAUUCAACCUGCUGGGGCUGCGCAAAGCCCAAAGACAGUCCCCCAUCCCAGCCAGUCGUAGCUGUGAGGACCUAGAUGGACCCCCACAGCCCGCUGGACCAUGGAAACGUUCCCACUCUCUGGGAGAUCUGCACUGGGAACAGAAGUUUGAGCAGAGGAAGGAUCUCAGUGUGGAGCUUAAACCCACGAAGGAAGGACUCAAAUUGGGCAACAGUAGCCCCAGCAAGGUCUGUAGAGAUGAGGGUUCCCCAACCCAGAACGGACCCCCAAUGGUGAGCCCAAAAAGAAGGGCUGACAGACCGCCUGUGCCCUCACAACUGCCUCUGCGUCCCUCUUGUCCUACCACCCAAUCUCCCAUCCCUCCAGAGCCCCUCUCAAGUCCUACUCCCAGCCCCCCCGACUCUAAUGCAAGUGUGGAUAGGGUCAUCCGGACUCACCCCAAAAAGCCUCCAGUCCCUCCUCCUGUUCCUGCCAAGAAGUCUAAAGAAAGACUAGCCAACGGCCUGCGACACCCCCCUCUCUCCCUGUCCUCCUCACCAUCUCCCACUCCCUCUCCUACCCAUUCCCUCCCCCGUUCUCACCCCAGUAGCCCCAUAAUCCGCAGCAGCAGCCCCAGUGCCCCAGGCCCAGCUCUACCUGCCAAGAUCCCAAGCACCCCAACCAGUCCCUGUGCCAGCUCAUCAGCCUCAUCCAUGGGGGAGGAAUCAGGCAGUCCACCAACAGUGCCGCCUCCAUGGUUCUCAGACCUAGGGGGCAAGGUGGCUGUUGCAAGGAAGGUUUCCCAUACCAAGAUGAGCCCUGACCUGUUCACCCUGCUGGAACAACGGCUGGAAGCUGAGGGUAUCGAUCUUACGGAGGAGCCCUACUCCGACAAGCACGGCCGAUGUGGCAUCCCCCAGCCGCUGGUGCAACGUUACUCUGAGGACUUGGAGCAGCCCGUCAAGGAUGUAGCCUCCACCAUGGACCAGCUCCGAGUCAAAGAGCUCCGUAAACAGCACCGCAUGGCUAUCCCCUCUGGAGGUUUGACAGAGAUGUGCCGGAAGCCUCUGCCCUCAGGUAACAUCAGCACAGUCUCCGAUUGGCUCAUCUCCAUCGGCCUGCCCAUGUAUGCCACGUCUCUGGCAGCGGCAGGAAUUGACACGCUGAGCCGUGUGGCCUUGUUAACAGAGAGCAGUGUGUGGGAGGCAGGCGUGCGGGAUGAAAGACAUGCCCGUCGGAUGAUCAGUGAGGCGCGAUUGGUCCGCGCACACAGAGAGGUGCAGUCCUAACGAUGUUGGUGAAGUCAGGUUGGAUAACAGGUAUCAACUCACUGGUUAGUACCAUCUCAUUCAAACAUGGUCAAUAGGUGGCAAAGGGCAAAGUGGCCACAAGACUAAACAACCUCACAAGUGACCAUAGCACUACAGUGCUUCUUGUCUCACAUGUGUCAAAAGACUCAAAGUGAGCUAGCCUGCUCCCUGAUUUCAUCUCUUUAUCACCCUGUCUUUUCUCAAAUGUUUACGGCAACAAGGAGUUUAUCCUGAAAGCCAAGACAAUAUAUCGGAUGCCUUUUUUUUUUUUUAAAGACUGUGGACUCAUUCUGUGGGAUAGCUUUCACUCUGAAGACACCCCCCAAAGUCUUAAAAUACAGACUUGGAUCUGCCUUUAAGGAAGAUAGCACACUCUUUUGUAGGAUCAAUGUGUUUUAUAAAAUACAGACGGACGGUUAUUUCUGCAUAUUUUGUAAGUGCUUCAUUUUCAUCUUGUGCGGCAAGGCAACAAUUAUCUGAGGGUCUUUUUAAGGAAGUAACUCAGCCAAAGUGAUUUCCUACUUAUUCAAGAUUUCAUUCCCACUAAUAGGUUCAUAAUGACUGACAGAACUCAUUCAACAUCUGGACUUUUAAUCAACUAAACACAUUCAACAACAAUGAAUAACUGGUGAUUUUGAGAUUGAAAUGGCUUAUUUUGUAUCAUGUUUCUGUAUUAUAGCAUAACGCAUAUCUUAAUUUUAAAAUGAUUUAUAUGUUAAAAUGUGUGUUUGCCUUUUUGAAUGUUGCAGCCUUAUUUUGAGGCCAGCUCUGUCAUUUCUAAGCUGAAAAUGCUGACAUCACACCAUUAUAUUUCAUAUUAUACUGUAUGUUCGAUU